ACCGGCAGACUCUCAAUAUUGUUGUUUAGACGGUUUUUGAUAGUGGCUGCUGUUUUGGUAUUCUCAAUAAUGAAAUAUCAGCCUGUGAACUCUAUCAGAAUAUAAUAAACGUGUAAUAAACAUGUCACGAGCGUUUGUUAUUUAGCACACUGUCCCUUUAAAUGUCGCGGUGGCUUGUGGGGAACGUAGUCCGCGUUGUGUUGCUGUUGUCCACAGCUGGUUAGCAUCUCCAUUGUCUUUCUUAUGUGACGGAUAUCCGUAACCCUUCUUAUCCUCCUUUUAAUUCCGACAAAAGUCUUACAGGUUCAUUGUCCACCAUGGCAGAGGAGCAGGAGAUAAUGUGCAAGCUAGAAAACAUCAAAGAAAUACGGAAUAAGACACUUCAGAUGGAGAAGAUCAAAUCUCGACUGAGGAGUGAAUUUGAAUCUCUUGAAUCGGAAGAAAAGCACCUGAGAGAGUAUAAACAGGAAAUGGAUCUUUUGCUGCAGGAGAAAAUGGCUCAUGUAGAGGAGCUGCGUCUCAUACAUGCUGAUAUUAAUGUGAUGGAAAACACUAUCAAACAGUCCGAGAGUGACUUAAACAAACUGCUGGAGUCGACCAGACGUCUCCACGAUGAAUACAAGCCUUUGAAAGAACACGUGGAUGCCCUGAGAAUGACCCUUGGCUUGCAGAGACUCCCCGACCUCAGCCAGGAGGAGGAGAAACUUUCACUGGAUUACUUUGAAAAGCAAAAGGCUGAAUGGCAGACAGAACCUCAGGAGCCACCUAUCCCUGAAUCCCUUGCUGCAGCCGCAGCUGCAGCACAACAGCUUCAAGCUGCACGGAAACAGGACGCCAGGCAGACAGCGACAUUCCGCCAACAGCCUCCACCCAUGAAGGCAUGUUUGUCUUGCCACCAGCAGAUUCAUCGGAAUGCCCCGAUCUGUCCUCUCUGCAAAGCCAAAAGUCGCUCACGCAACCCCAAAAAACCCAAGAGAAAACCUGACGAGUAACGCGCACACACACAUAUAGCUCCAAAAAAAAAAAAAAAAAAAAGCUUGAGGAAUAACACAAACACAACCUACAAACUCAAACAUAACACACACUUACACUCUCUUGCAUGCACAAUUCCAAACACCCAUUUACACCCGGACAGGGAUAUCAAUUUAUAAACACACACCUUCACAUACAUGACUGCAUAUUUACACAUACACACAUUGUCCUGAAGGAAUGGACCAUCUCCAGUCUGAUCAAUUGACCUCACAUAGUGAUACUCAUCCUGUAGUUAAUCCGUCUUCCUGCUUCAGUGAACAUAAGGUCUCAAUCAGUAGCUCUUUGUCAUCUCUCCAUUUAAUGGCUGUUUAAAAGUUUUUAUAUUAGGUUGUCAUUUCAUUGCCAUUUUUGAUAUGUGAUACCUUGGUAUUGUGUGUGUACUGUGUCUGUAUUUAGUCUGUAGUGGAAAUGGAUGCUGGUUUAGAAAUAUUGAAGUGUACCAUUCUGUGUGGGGUUUAAUUAUAGUGCUUUAGAUUCAACUAAAUUCUCUGAAAUGGCUUUAGUCAAGAGAGCAGUUUGUAUGUUAUUCAGUUAAUGCUUAAACUGAUCUUAAUAAUAUUUUUAUUAAUAAUGUUAUGAUUUUAAUAUUUUAUGAUGCCUUUUAAUGUUUUUCCUCAUGAUCAAAGUGCAAAUAGUUUUUGUUGUAUUAUGUAACUAUUGCCUGUUCCAGACACACAACAGUAUUCUAGAAUGAUCAAUUGCGAAAUUCUGGAACACAAGUUGAAUGGGAGUUCUACAGCUUAAGUUUUGGUUGAAUCAUAUUUCAAUUUGUGUGAUGGUGCAGUUUACUUUGUGUCACAUAGAUGAAUGAUCUGGAAUUUAAACAAAAGAGUAUUAAGAGCUUGUUAGAUUCUUUAGUGUUGAAUCAUUUGGUUAUUUCUCAUCUUAUCUGAGAUUCAGUUUUUUAAUAAUUAAAAUCUGUGAAACUAAUAAAAACUGUGAUCUGAGUGAUUU